CCACAGAGGGCUCUGGCUUCAGCUGCAUAUAGAAACAAACAGCUGACGGACGGAGGAGCGGAGCUGAAAGCACCCUGGGAGCUCUCUGCGUGGACCCAGCCGACCGUCAACAUGGACAACAUGGACAGCCUGUUCAAUCCCAGCCUGGCUGCGGCACUGAAAAAACUGGAUCCAGAGGACGGAGAGCAGAUGAUGGAGUACUUUAAGACCCAGGCACUGCUCAGCAGGGAAAAAGCUUUGCUGCAGGCAUCUGUCAGAGACCAGAAGAAGCUGCUGGUUGAAAAUGCCAAACUGAAACAAGACAUUGAACAGCUGAGAGGUCAACUGCAGGAAAAUCAGAAGAGACGGACUGCCAAAGCGCUGCUCUCUCAGGUCCCGCCUCCUCCGAGGGUAAGCCCCGCCCUCACCAAGGCUGACACCGCUGCUCCUACAAACCAUCCGCCUCCCUCCGCUACCUUGACUGAGGGAAGAGACAGGCCAAGCAGGAGGAGGAGAGGAGAGAGGAAAGCCCGUCCCAAAUCUGAGCCCCUCCCUUUGGAGGCGGAGUCUCGGAUUGAUGCGUCACGUCUGGAUCUGCGUGUGGGAAAAAUCCUCAGCAUCCGCCGCCAUCCGCUGGCUGAAGCCAUGAGUGUUCAGGAGGUGGAUGUGGGAGAAAGCUGCCCCCGGACUGUCGUCAGCAAGCUGGGAGGUGUUAAAGAUCUCGAUGAGGUGACCAAUUUAAAGCUGCAAGGCUCUCUUGGAGUGUUUCUAUGCAACGUCAAGGCCUCUAAAAUGAGGGGUGUGGUCUCACAGGGCCGCCUCCUCUGUUGCUCCACCUCUGAUGUCAGCGUCGAGCUGCUGGCUCCACCUGCUGACUCCACACCUGGAGACAGAAUCACCUUCUUGAACUACCCUGGUGAGCCGGAUCGCGAGCUUCCAUCCAAACAGAAGAUCUGGGAGCUUCUGCAGCCUGACCUGCAGGUGGACGGCAAGGGUGUGGCCAACUAUAAAGGCUGUGGGUUUGAGGUGAAGGGGAAGGGGCUGUGCAGGGCACCCUCUCUCACUAACUGCACCAUCAGAUAGAAGCAAGCCGAAUUGACUUUUUUUAGGGCGAAAGACCUGGAUCGUUUGUUUAAAAGCUGCAGGUAAAGGUUGAUGCAUAAAAAUCCUCAGUCCUCAGUUUUCUCUGUUGUUCUGGAUCUAUUGAAACUCCAUGGAAAUAUUGAAAUAAAUAGAUGAAAGGA